GAUGCCCGCCGGGCUGGCGACGCUGGUGACGAGGAGGCCGGGACCGACGUGGCCGGCCGGGGGAGGCGGAGCCGAGGGGCCGCCAGGCGGGGCAGGCCCGAGCCGACUCGCGGCUGGAUGGCAGCGGCGGCGCACGGUAACUACAAACUGAUCAUUUAACUUGAUCGAGAGUCUUUCAGAGGAUUGAAGUUACUGAUCUGUAACUUAAGUCUUCUCCCACCUUUUUUUUUCUUUUUAUAAAGAGAUCGGCCAGCCUGGCUGAGACCACUUAGCAAUGACAAAACAAAAGCUUCUGCUUGAUGGGACACUCUCCUUGUUUCUGAUUGUGGCUUGUGAAGCUCAGCAGCUUCCAAGGAGUCAUGCUGCUAGUACUGGUCCUCUCUGUGAGAAGGAGGCAGAUUCCUGGGGAAACCUGUUCAGCAGUGAGCGCCUGGAUGCCUGGAUCUGUUCCCUCAUUGGUUCAUUCAUGGUGGGACUCAGUGGCGUCUUCCCCUUGCUAGUGAUCCCAUUUGAGACAGGAGCUGCUCUGCGGUCAGAAGCUGGAUCACACCGUUUGAAGCAGUUGUUGAGUUUUGCAAUUGGUGGUCUGCUGGGGAAUGUGUUUCUGCACCUGCUUCCCGAAGCCUGGGCCUACAUGUGCAGUGCACCAACAGGAGAAGGGCAGAGCUUUCAGCAGCAGAAGCUUCUGGGUCUUUGGGUGAUCAUUGGUUUCCUGGCCUUCCUGGUGCUAGAGAAGAUCUUCCUAGAGAAAGAAGAGAAGGAGUGCCCUGGUGUGGGCUGCAAUUCCAAAGCACCAGCUGGAAAGAUUCCCAAUGGAAGUGGCUACCCAAUGCCAAAGGUGGCAGGCCAAUCCCAAAGAGCAGGGGCAGACUUGGCUCACUGUAAUGGCUCCUCUCUUCAGUCUUGUCCAACAGACAACAGAAUCAAGAUUAGUGGAUACCUCAAUCUCCUGGCCAACACAAUUGAUAACUUUACACAUGGCCUGGCAGUGGCAGCCAGUUUCCUGGUCAGCAGAAAGGUUGGGUUCCUAACCACAAUGGCCAUUCUCCUGCACGAAAUUCCACAUGAGGUUGGAGAUUUUGCAAUCCUACUUCGGGCUGGCUUUGACCGUUGGAGUGCAGCUAAGAUGCAGCUUUCCACAGCUCUGGGGGGGAUUCUAGGGGCCUGCUUUGCAAUAUGUGCCCAGUCACCUAAAGGAGCAGGGGAAACGAUAGCCUGGAUCCUCCCUUUCACUGCUGGAGGAUUUCUUUAUAUUGCCUUGGUAAAUGUUGUGCCUGAUCUCCUGGAGGAAAAGAAUCCUUGGAACUCCCUGCAGCAAAUUCUGCUCCUGUGUACAGGCAUUACAGUCAUGGUGCUACUCUCGCUCACAACUGAGUGACCUCUGCGCAGACCUCGUGAUGCCUCCCAGAGCCACCACAGUGACUCUGAGCUGUUACAAAGCAAUAAGGAACACUAAUGUUACUUCCUAUGUGUGUGCGUGCAGAUCUGGCUUCUAGUAUGAGAAGCAGGUGAGGAAGAGGUCUGGGCAUGUAGGACUUUAUUCCCUGGCUUUUCUAUCCCUGUUCUGCUAAAAUACACACAUCAGGGCUUCUGAGUUUUUGGGUUGGGUUUGUUGGUUUUUUUUCUAAUGGAGCAAAAGAUACAGCAAGCAGAAAUGAACUGAACAGCUGCUCCACAGCAAAUGGACAAUGUUUCAUCCACUUCAUUCUGAUGGAAUUGCACCUCCCAAGCUCUUGUGUGAAAACAAUAGAGAUGACUCCAGUAGCUGAUGAAGAGGAAUGACUUUUUCUACCACUCUAAGGGCUUGAGGCAGAACACAGAUUGCAAACCAACCAUAAACCAACAGCUUCAGUCAGAACUCACUGCCCAUGAGAGGUUAAUGGUUCUAUGAGAUAGACGGGGAGGAACCCUUUCUGACUUACCUCCAGCUUCUCACUGACAUCACUUGUUUGUAAAGGUAGCAUCCCACCUCUUUGGUCUAUUUAGUAUUUGUUUAUGUUGAAAUUGAGGCAAAAGCUUGAGGUCUCUACAAUUAAAUGGCUUAGCUUGGAGAUUACUUGCCUUAGCCCUAACCACUCCAAUAGCCAGCACACCAGAACUCUUUAUCUGAGAAAUGGUCAGUAAAUGUUUCCUUGUUGGCCAAACAACUUACUUGGAUCUGGAAGGAAAGCCAUGUAGCUCUUGCAGCUGAGCUCCCUUUCCUCAUAAUCAUUAGACGAACGUGGCUCUGAGCCUGCUCUCAGGGCCCGACUCAUUCAUCAUUUGUAGCAGGCUAGCGCUGCCUGGUGUGCUGCAGCAGCCCCGGACUGCCAUGGCAGAGAUCUGGACAGCUUGGGCAGCAGCCAAUAACCCCUGGUUAGUUUUUCCUCUCUCUUCAGUGUGGACUGAGAGCAUGCUAUAACCAAAAAUACGGAUUGUAGUCUGUUUCUGGACUUCUUACCUCACAGUGGCGUUAGCCAGUUGGGGAUGAAUGGAUAAGAAAGAAUACUGACAGCCCUUGAAGUAAAGGGCACAGCGUCAAAGAACAGUGGAGGGAGGGUGAAAUGGGAAGGCUGAAACUUCUGGAGAAAUGAUAUUUAAAAGUGAGUCUAGAAAAGCUGUGUGCCAAGUAAGAAGAGAAAAGGAUAUGAAAAGGUGACAGUAAAUGUGUUUUAGGAGGAGUUUUCUAUUUUGUAACAACUGGGACAAAAUCUUUGGCAAUUUGAGACCAAUAAAAAUAAAUAACGUUUCUAGUGCUUUCCUGCAUCCCAGCUCCUGGGGCUGAUCAGGCCAUUGUUCCACAGGGAUGUUUUGUUGCCACAGAGAUGUGCACAGUUACUAGAUCAUCCCCUCUGCAGAGCUUGUAUCUGUUUAAAAGCAAGUCUAAUUGAACUAGUGGAGUCACUGGGCACAAAACAAGUGCCACAGUGUGAAUUGUACCACUUCAGCUCUGUCCUCAGACAGCUUUUGUACAUCAGUUCUGCUCUCCAGCCUGCACAGGACCUUACCAAGAGCACUUGCACCUUGAGAGGGCAAUCUGGGUCAGAGCAGGGAGGCAGAUAUACUGCCCACAGCAGAGGCAUUUACUUCUCUGAUUCCUGAACUGUUGACACAGUUCUUUUUUUAUGACAGCUCCUGUCCUACUUUCCAGAGAGUGCUGGAGAGCUCAUGCUUGCAGUUCUCUCUGCCCAGGAACUGCUAAUUUUUUCAGCUUUCCUUACCCCAGGUUUACACCAGUAACUAGUUUUAGUGCAAAAACAAAGGAGGCUCAGUGCAAAUUUUUGGCCUUAGAAAGUUGCCUUCCUUUGUCAACCACUCCCUCUAUCAUUCAGUUGUCAGGAAAUCUGAAGGUAGCAUCCCCUUCCUGCUUUCCUGGAAGGAGAAUUAAUCUGUUAAGCCUGCAGGGACUGGGAGAGUAUGCUAACCCUCUAGUUUGAAUUUUGAGCGUUUCCUCUUGGCCCCAGCCAGGGACUGCAGCUAGGCAGACCCUGUAGCAGGGCUCUGAAGGAAGCAGGUUUGGACAGAAGGAUGUGCCUGCUGCUUCUCAAGAUGUCUUUCUCAAAAUGAGGCUGGCAUUUAAGUUGAGGCAUUGCCAGGUGAAUGCCCAUGAGUUGGUGGUGUUGCAUCAGUGCUGAGCCUUGCCAAGACUGAAAACCACAGUCAGGAUUUUGUGCUCAGUGUUCAGGAAUGCAGCGAUGACACUGAAGAAAGAAUUCUGGAGUUGUUUUUCUUGGCUGGUACCACAGGUUUGGACAGUCUGUGGUUCUUGGGAACAUACCCUGGCAGGAUAUAGCACUAGGAGGCUUGUUAGUUUUCCACUGUGUCAGCCCUGGGGCUGAGGGUGGAGAGCCUUGGGAGGAGAAAGGGCAUCACUCCACCACAUUUGUCACUUUUGGAAAUGCAGAGAGAAUUGUAUUUUCUAGUUCUAUUUUUUCAGCUGCUCUUAUGCAUUUUCCCCUUCAUCUGUAUUGGUCUGCUCUGCAUGGAGACAAUAGAGAUGAAAUAAAUGGUUU